CCUAACCGGAAAGCGGGAGGGGGGCAGAGCUGCAGCCAGAAUAGUAAAGAUGGCAGCCGUGGCAGUGGCUGAGUUUCAGAGAGCACAGUCUCUGCUCGGAACGGACCGGAAUGCCUCUAUUGACAUCUUGCAUUCUAUCGUAAAGCGCGACGUGCAGGAGAGCGAUGAGGAGGCGGUGCGUGUGAAGGAGCAGAGCAUCCUGGAGCUCGGCGCGCUGCUCGCCAAGACCGGACAGGCUGCAGAGCUCGGGGGUCUUCUGAAGUAUGUGCGGCCCUUCCUCAACUCCAUCUCCAAGGCCAAGGCUGCGCGGCUGGUGCGCAGUCUGCUGGACCUCUUCCUGGACAUGGAGGCGGCCACCGGCCAGGAGGUGGAGCUCUGUCUCGAGUGCAUCGAGUGGGCUAAGACGGAGAAGAGGAAGUUCCUGAGGCAGGCCUUGGAGACUCGACUCAUCUCCCUGUAUUUUGACACAAAGCGUUACCCGGAAGCUCUGCAGCUAGGCACCCAGUUGCUCCAGGAGCUGAAGAAGAUGGACGACAAGGCGCUGCUGGUGGAGGUGCAGCUGCUGGAGAGCAAGACCUACCACGCCCUGAGCAACCUGCCCAAGGCCCGCGCCGCCCUCACCUCCGCCCGCACUACGGCCAACGGCAUCUACUGCCAGCCCAAGCUGCAGGCCGCGCUCGACAUGCAGUCUGGGAUCAUCCAUGCGGCGGAGGAGAAGGACUGGAAGACGGCCUACUCCUACUUCUACGAGGCCUUCGAGGGCUACGACUCCAUCGACAGCCCCCGGUCUAUCACAUCGCUCAAGUACAUGCUGCUGUGCAAGAUCAUGCUCAACCUGCCAGAGGAGGUUCACUCUCUGAUUGGAGGAAAACUGGCACUCCGGCAUGCUGGCAGACAGACAGAGUCACUCAAAUGUGUAGCGCAGGCCAGCAAGAACAGAUCCCUGGCAGACUUUGAAAAGGCGCUGACAGAGUACAAGCGGGAGCUGAGGGACGACCCCAUCAUCAGCACCCACCUGGACACCCUCUACGACACCCUGCUGGAGCAGAACCUCAUCAGGGUCAUCGAGCCCUUCUCGAGGGUCCAGAUAGAGCACAUUUCCACAUUAAUCAAACUCAGCAAGGGAGACGUAGAGAGGAAGCUGUCACAGAUGAUCUUGGAUGAGAAGUUCCACGGGAUCCUGGACCAGGGCGCGGGGGUGUUGAUCAUCUUCAACGAGCCGCUGGUGGACAAGACGUACGAGGCGGCGCUGGAGACCGUGCAGAACAUGAGCAAAGUGGUGGACUCCCUGUACAACAAGGCCAAGAAGCUGUCAUAGGGAGGUGGAGGGCCCGCCCACUGUCUCCGGGGUCCAGAGGGACGGCGGCCGGUCGGAGCCAGCCGCCGCGACCUCUCAACCAACCCUGGGCCAGCAACGAGCGGAGGAGGCAAAACUAAACACGGCCAAUAAGACUCUGUAACCAACCCAGCCGGCCAGUGAAAUCAGAUGUGUGUGUGUGUGUGGGGGGGGGGGGGCUCAUCG